UAAGGAUGGUGCCGUAAUUGGGCAAUUGCGGAUUAAUUGCGGAUUCGCAAUAUUGCGGAUUUGCAGAUUUCAGAAGUCCAAAUAUCCGCAAAUCCGCAAACCGCAAUUAUCCGCAAAUCCGUAAAAAAUCCGCAAAUUAGCCAAUUAAAUACUGUAUCAUGAUCAUUACUCAAUCUAUAUAUUUAUAUCGAAUCAUCAAAUUUAGUAUUAUUACUCACUCUAUUAUAAUAUAAUCAAUUUAUAAUGCAUCAAAACAUCAAAACAAUUGUAUCUAAAUUCUUCUUUUUCUAUUUACUUUUUUCAACAAUUUAUUAUUAAAAUGUCAAAAACACCUUCUUCGGCUCUUAAUUUAAAGAUUCGUGGAAAAAAAGUUGAGCUAUUGCCUGAAGACGAAGAAUUAAUUUCGUUAGCACUGUCAAUUAUUUGGACUAAGUCUAAUAAAAAAAUUGAAUCAUGUAAUUUUGACCAAGAUAAAGGUAAUUUGGCUGAACUUGAACGCUACAAAUCGCUAUAUGAAUUAUAUAAAGGUAGAUACGAAGUAAUUCGUUUACAGCCAGAAAAUACACGUUCAACUACAUCUGGUACAACUGGUAGCGUGAAUGAAUCAUUAAGAGAAUUGUUACAAUAUUCAACACCUGAACACACGUGCCUAGAAUCCUCUCCCAGCUCAUCAUUAUAUCUUAAACCCAACGAUUCAGAACUUGCCCGUACUGCUAAUGAUGAUGAGGAUAACAAUUUUCAACCUACUGAAGCUGCAAAUUUAAGUUCUACUAGGGAUGAAUCUGGCAACAGUGAAAUUAAUGAAUUUAACCCACCUUCACAAUACAAAGUAGUUCCAGCAUCAAGAUUGAGAGCACGAGCAUCAACCACAGAAGUUGAAACAUCUAUGAAACCACCAACAAGAUCAAUAACAUCUAAAGUAAAAUUAGCAACACAAGUGCCAACUAGAGAAGUGAUAGUAUCUAUAGAACCACGGGUACCAACUUCAGAAAUGAAGUCAUCGGCGGAGGUACCUCCAGAAAUGACAUUGGCGAAAUCAGUUGAAUCAAGUGUGGCAGAAUCACAAGUACCUUCAGAAAUGGCAGUGGAGGAAUCAGCAGAAUCAGCAGAAUCACAAGCACUAGCUUCAGAAAUGGAGGAAUCAGAAGAAUUAGAAGCAUCAACAUCUGUGUCGUUAUCAAAAUCCAUUGUACGAAAACGUAAUUUCUCAGAUGAUGAUGACGACGACGAUGAUAAAGCCAAAUUAUUAAAUUCUACCCAAUUGUUAUUAUUCAAAAAGGGAAAGAAACUUCACGAUAUUUUGUUAGCAGAUUCAUCGUUUAAUGGCGAACUCAUUGCUUCUGAAGAAUUAAAAGUAUCAGAUAUAUCCAAUGACUUAAAUGAAAUGCUGAAAGAUGACCCAGUCAAAAUCGUUGAUGAGAAAUCCGCUAAAGAUCGAAUCGAUCAAUGGCGAAGGCAAGAAUUACAAUGUGAAAAUUUUGUUAUAGCCGCUGAGUCUUUUAAUUUAUUACAUUUGGUGUCCUUGGUCCAAAUUUAUGAUGAUCUAUUUUAA